AUCUGCUACAGUAUGUGUGUGACGGAGCGAUCACUGCUGCUUUAAUAUCUUAUCUAAAUGGGUUGUUUCUGCAUCUACAGGUAUGAAUCCAUAAAGGUGUGUGUGAGAUCGCAGCAUGCAUUCUGUCCAUACAGAGAUGUGGGACCCCCAGCCCCAAUCUAAAAAUGCCUCGCCCUUCUCCCCGCGGCCACCCUCCAACGCUCGCCUCGCACAUGUGACCACCCCGGCCAAGAGGAUCACCUUCUACAAAAGCGGCGACAACCAGUUCGGGGGCGUCAAGAUGGCGAUCCACAAGCGCAGCUUCAAAUGCUUCGACGCCCUGCUGGACGACCUUUCCCAAAAGGUGCCGCUGCCAUUUGGGGUGCGUACUGUGACGACUCCCCGCGGCACACACUCCAUCAAACACCUGGAGCAGCUGCAGGACGGCGGAUGCUAUCUUUGCUCCGACCGACGCCUCGCUAAGCCGGUCAACAUGGAGCUGGCCAGCAAACGCCCGGGCAUCUGGUACCAUCACAGCAGGAAGCCCCAGAGACCCGAGUCCUCGUCCGCAACACCCCCAGGACAUUUAUCUUACAGGCAGCGGAGGAUCCUGCUGGUGAAGAACAGCGAUCCGGGGGUAAGGAGGAGCGUGGUUCUGAGCAGGAGGUCCACCAGGAGCCUGGGGGCUUUCCUGGAUGCCGUGUCCGAGGUGAUGCAGUUUCACGUCCGCAAGCUUUACACUGCAGAGGGACGAAGGAUCGACAGCGUGCAAAGCCUCAUGACGUGUCCCGGUGUUUUGGUGUGUGUCGGUCGGGAAGCCCUCAGCCCAAUGUUGGUAAACUUCAUGAGGAAGAGCUCAGAGGAAAAACUUCCCGGUGUGGGCAACAGGUCCCCAGUUCUCGGACCGAGGACUCCUGGAAACGGGGCCCGAUCUCCUGCUACUCAAGGAGUGAGAUCCCCACCUCAUGGAGCUCAUUCAAGAGCCAGCGAGUGCAGUGAAGUGCAUGAAAGCAAGAAAAAUGUUAACUUCGGUCUGGAAACCAAAAAAAGCAUCAUCCACCCUCGCUCAGAUUCCUCAAGCCGCUCCGCCCGUUUCUCCUUGUCUUCGGAGAAGUCGUACAGCAACGGCGUCAGACCGUCCAUCAUGAACGACGACAUUGAAAAGCGUGUGGUGGUCAACAAAGAUGGCAGCCUCUCUGUGGAGAUGAGGGUGCGUUUCCGCCUGCACAAUGACGAGACCCUUCAGUGGUCCACUCAAGUUAAAAAAUCUCCAACUCUGACCAAUGAAUGCCAGGCCCCGCCCCACUAUCUGCAGCAGGGCCAAUCGGAGAGCUGCUCUGACCCCGAUUCCUUCUCCUUUGACCCUGAAGGUGUGGAUUAUUCCAACCAAAAUGGUGUUAUGGAGGGAAACGGAUGCCCCUGCUGCUACCAAAGACAGGAGCAGCAGUACGACUUGUGGGAAAACCCGGCACAUUGCCACAAACACCACCCUGUCCCUCCUCCACCUGCAUCCAGACACACCAUCACAAGGCAUACACGCUCUUCUUCUUCCUCCUCGUCCUGUAACUCCAGGAGGGUGGUGCGCUGUCGAGCGAGAGGGUCAGAGCCGAGCAAAAUAGUCCAGGAGGAGAUGUUUGUGACGGAGCAGGUGGAGGUGGAGCAGGACGGAGAUACAUGUGUCGAAGUGUGCACGGUGAGCCGAGGAUGCAGCCGAAGUGAAGUCGUCGCCAUUGACAGGAAGUCAGUAGCGGAGGAUGACGAGCGUCCGCUGUCUGUGAUCAGCAGCUCCUCACAUGUCCUCCAAUCCUUGAAAGAGGACCAGGAUGACGAGCUGCCACCCAGCGCCUCACAAUGCUGCCGCAGCAUCGAACCAUCUCCAACGCACAAGGAGGAUGAGGAAGAGGGGAAGAGCAGAGUAGCAUCCUCGUCUCACUGUGGAGCAGACACCCCCCAUCCAACAGCUGACGAUCGAGCCCCAAGCUCCAAGUCCCAAAGGAGUCGAGCAUCUGACAGGUCUGGCGACAACAAGAUCCCAAACACAGAGGAAGAGGAGGACGCAGAAAUAAAGAGGGUUGUUAGCAGCUUGUCUCAGAAGUCAUCCAGCGUGUGCUCUAACUGUGGCGGCUGCAAACGCGAGGCUAACUCUGAGUCUAACAGUCGAGCGUCACAAAGGUCCGAUCGCUCACACAAAGCUCCUUCCAAGCCUCCCACACCUCUCGUAAAUAACGGUAGUGACGACGAAGGCUCAGAGUGUUCGGUUGGGUCGACGCAAUCCAACAGGAGCAACAUCACCGGCCGCUGCUCGGCGGUGUCACACAUGCUGGAGGAAAGAGCCUCCAGUCACAUGUCCAGUCCUGAGGAAGGAGGGGUCGAGGAGGAAGGAGCCAGUGACGGUGAUGUAGGAGAGGAAGCAGAGGAAGAAAGGGCAGGUAGCUCCUUGUCAGACAAAUCUGGGGCUUCUGUAAAGACAAUAACUAAAGCUGCUUCCCCGACUGGAAGUGCAUUCGUGGAGGAAGAGGAUACAAACAAAAGAAGUCCCAGUGCCCUCUCUGAUAAGCCAGACAGACCUGAGAGUGUCCUUUCUGCUAAAUCGAGUAAAUCAAAUGUGUCUGCAAAGUCCGGAAAAUCUCACAAGUCCACUUGCAGUCACUGUGCGAGACCAGUAUCUGCAGCAGCUCAGGAAACUAUUGAACCAGAAGAAAAUGGACAAGAAGAAGGAGUUGAGGUCGAGGAGAGAGCAGCGAGUGCCGCUUCAGCAAAAUCCAAUCUCUCAGCGAAGUCUAAUAAGUCCUCCAAAGCUCUUGAAAGGUCAGAAAGUGGAGAGGGCGAAGAAGAAAGGCCUGCGAGCAGACGGUCUGGUAGAUCCAAUGUGUCUGUUAAGUCUUCAAAGUCGUGCAAAUCGAACGGCAUUGACGUUGCAGAACCUCCAUGCUCCGAGGAAAAGGAAGAUGAGUUGGUAGAAGAUGAAGUGGCUUCUCCAGCUGUUGCAGAAAGAGCAACCAGCGCCAUGUCGGGGAAAUCAAUCCAAAUCCUCCAAAUCCCAGAAGUCAUCAGCAGUUUCUCCAAAUCCAAAUGAAGCUGAUAUUCCUUCUAUUGAGACAACCGGAGCAGAGGAGCAACAUGAGGAUCAAGAGCGGGUGGCGAGUGCUUUGUCAGUGAAAUCAAAAUCUUCAGCGAAGUCCCGCACAUCUCACAAAGCCUGCAAUAGUCUCAAACCGGUGUCAUCGACGCCACUUGUUGAUGGGGAAGGAAAUGAGACAACAGAGAGGGCUCCAAGCGCUGCAUCUGCAAAAUCUAGAGUUUCUACUUCAUCUCGUAAGUCUAAUCAUAACAAGCUUCCUGAAGCCGACGCU